AGCUAUUGUAGAAGCUCCUUCAUGGCCAUAUUGUGCGUCGGCCAUGUGGUGGCGGCAUGUGUAAUACAAAUAUAACCUUUAAAUAGUGAGUUUCAAAAGUAAUGUACUUAUUUUAUCGCCACACAAAACCGUAUUAAAUGAUGUUCACAUUUAGUUUUAAGUUCAAAUGGCAAAAAUGUAUGAGUAUGAUAAUAAAGCUAAAUAUUCAUACACAAAGAAAAAUGAAAUAUAAUUAUUUUACAUCGGAAAAUGUUGUGGUCUACCGUAGACUUAUUGAAGAAUUUCAAAACAAUCAAUUUUCAUUUGAAACUUUACUCCAGUACAAUAUACUAUUAAAAACUCCUGUAAAUAUAUUGCAAGACAAUUGUGCAUUAUGUAAAGAGUCCAAGAUAAACUUUAUGUCCCCAAAUUAUACUGCGAGAUUGUUAUCCUUGCCGCCAUUAAGAUUACAGCAUAAUAUCAGUAUACUCCAAGAGUGUGGAUCAGUUGACCUCAACGAUUACAAUGUAGUAAGUAGAUUGAACUGCUUGAUGAAGUUGAAAAUUAAUUCCUUUAAGGAAGUUUUAAAUAUUCCAAAAGAAGUGAAGAUAGUAAAAGAAAUUUACGAAAAAGUGUUUUCGAAAUCUUACAAAUCUUCAAUUUUUUCAAAGCUGAAUGAAGAUAUGACUGUUUUUGAAUUACGUUCUUUACUAUUACCACACUAUGUAUAUUGGAAAUUUGGCAUUGAUUCAAACAUAUUUAAAGAGGACUCAAAACUUUGGAACCUGUUAUUACUUAGAAGCUGGCACUUGGUUAACAAAAAAGUUGACUAUUUGAGAAACAAUAUUGGCUACACAAGUAAAAUUACAGACUAUGAGUAUGCCGUACAAUGUGAUAUAAAUAAUGUCAGAAGAAUAUGUUACGAAAUAAAAAAUAUUGGUCAAAUAACAAUACAAGAAGUUCUUCGUACAUGUCCGAAAAUAACACUUCAGCCCGUGAAUAAUAUUAAACAAUUUUUAACUUGGUUUCAUAAAAAUCAAUUAUACGAGUCUUUAAUAACAAAUUGUUUAGAAGUUCUGACAUUAAAUCCUAUUGAAGCUAUAAAUAAGUUAGAGAAGAUAUUGAAAAAUCCAACUUUAAUGCUUUUUCGAAAUCAUCCUAGAUUUUUACAUUUAUUAUAUGUAAAUCAUGAUUUAGAAAAAAGAAUAGCACAUUUAAAAUCAAAUAAUAUGUCAAUAAAAUGGAAAGAUAUUAUAGCCCCAACAUACAAACCCAAUAAAAUUCAGAAAAAUAAUAAAACCGAUGCUAUAAAUCGAACAAAAUUCUUAGAUAAUGAAUUUUUGAAUCAAGGACCAGCUUUAAUCGCAGAACUUAAAAAGAAUCCAAAUUGGUCGCGUAUCGAUUUGGGCCAAAUGUUUUCUUCCUUGCAAUAUUUAAGAGGCCAUUUUACUGCAGGUGCUAUUUGCAGUAAUAUACACAUCAUUUUAUAUCAAAGGUCCAAGAUAGAGAAAACUGUAAGCUACAUUCGGAAUAAAUAUAGAAACUACAGGAAUCAUCAAUUUACACCAUCACAACAACUUGCAAUGUGUUUAUACUAUAUGGAAAUAGAAUUUCAUUUUUCUGGUGAUGGUGCAUUGGCUUCACUGGAUACGGUAGACAAAGCAGUUAACAAUAAGAGUUAACUAGUGUAACUAAAACUAUCAAAGACAAUGGAUAAUAUUUUAAUUUAAAUUUUCACUAGUACAAGUUUCCAAACUAUGUAUUUGUUUGUUAAUUUGUUGUUGAAAAUAAAAAUGAAUCACAAUGUAAAA